CGAAUCUUGCCCUCUACUCAUUUUUACCCUUGAAUAUUACGAUGAUGUAUAAGGCAAUUAUCCCGAUUGUACUCGGGCUGUCUUCUAUCUUUCCUUCUGCUCUCGCAGACCCCACCUGCCUCGCUUCCUCGACUCCAGGGGGUGUAGCCAAUAAGAAUGCCUGCUGCCCGAGUCCCAGCAGCCAAGGAGAGGACCCGGUUGACGGCACUGUUUACGAAUACAAGUGUGGCGCCUAUGCAAAGAGAGACUAUCUGUUUGGGGGGACUGCCUCCAGCGCCCUAGACUGUGCCCGGCAGUGUGCAGCACAAGCAACCUGCCAUGCCGCCAAUUGGGGUCCAAUUAGUAACGAAUGUCAUCUGUACGGCUCCGGAUUCCAGCAGAAGGCUGAUACCUCCGGUGACUGGAUCCUCCUGGUCCGGACCGAUCGUGCAGCCCAAGAAUGCCAGGAUGACAUCGACCAAGCAGUUACGGCAGAGAAGGCGGACUGCCAGACUAAGCUGGACGAUAAGGAUCUGGAUAAGACGCAGCGGUGA